GGACACGGAGGAGUGGACAGGUGCGCACACGCUGCGAUGGGAGCGCCACUUCUGCUGCUGCUGCCGCUCGUCUGCGCGCUGGGGGAGGCGCAGCUGCCUGCUAAAGCCACGAGGGAGUAUUACAUAGCCGCUGUGGAGAUCGGAUGGGACUAUAUCUACCUGGACGAUGUUGACCCAGCGUCUGACCAAAGGAGGAGAUCUAAAGAUGCUCCCCAGAAAUACAUCAAAGCUGUCUAUAGGGAGUAUUCAGAUUCCACAUACUCAGUCCCCAAGUCUCGGCCUGCCUGGGCAGGUAUCCAGGGCCCAGUGAUCCAUGGCCAGGCCGGUGACAGGGUGGUGGUCCACUUCAAAAACCUGGCGUCCCAGCCCUACAGUAUCAGCCCUGUAGGGGUCACCUACUGGAAACAGUCCGAGGGAGCGGGGUACGAUGAUGCCACGGCAGGCCAAGAGAAGGAGGAUGACGCUGUUCCUCCUGGAGGAUACUAUGAGUAUGUGUGGGACAUCAGCCCCAAGGACAGUCCCACGGCCAGCGACCCAGAGUGCCUCACCUACUCCUACUCGUCCAAGGUGGACACAGUCCGAGACACCAACUCAGGACUCAUUGGGCCGCUGCUCAUCUGCAAGUCAGGUGCCUUCACAGAGGAUGGCAAGAGGAGGAAGCUGGAGUUUGUCUUGCUGUUUGCUGUGUUUGAUGAGACCAGGAGCUGGUAUGGAGAGGUCGGGGAGAGGAAGAGCAGAGAGAAGUUCAAGAAGAGCAGCGGCAGGAAAGAAUACCACACCAUCAAUGGAUAUAUCAACUCAACGUUACCCGGUUUGACCAUGUGUCAGAGCCGCGAUUAUGUGUUUUGGCAUCUGAUUGGGAUGGGCACAGCUCCAGAAAUCCACUCCAUUCAGUUUCAGGAUCACUCUUUGCGGGUGAUGACCCAUCGUAAAGUAACCCUGGAGAUGACCCCUAUGACCUUCAUCACAGCAGAGAUGAAACCCACCGCCGUCGGCCGCUUCCUUAUCAGCUGUCAGAUACAUGCCCACCACGACGCUGGCAUGAGCGCCUUCUUCACGGUAGAGGACUGCCCUGAACCGGUCUCUCUGCCCGGCCCCGACCUGCGUAAAGUCAAACAUUAUGAGGACUACAGUGAGUACGGUGAGGAAUAUCCCGACGAUGGAGUGUUUGAGAUCGUGAACAUGCAGCCAAAAAGGCCACGGGCGCAAAUCAGGGCCAGCAGGGGCCAGCAGUCUAAAACCUGGGUGCAUUACAUCGCGGCUGAGGAGAUCACCUGGGACUACGCCCCUCACCUCAAACCCACAGACAGUGAGCUGCAGUCAGAUUACUUCCCUACUUCUCCGCAUCAACUGGGCUACCAGUAUAAGAAGGUGGCGUAUGUAGAAUACACAGAUGACACAUUCACCCAAAGGAAAAACCCCGCCACAACGCUGAUCGGCCCGCUUCUGAAAGGAGAGAUCGGCGAUCAGUUCCAUAUCAUUUUUAAGAACCUGGCCAGUCGCCCUUUUAACAUCUACCCCAAUGGCCUCACCAAGAUCUCUCCACUGCAGAACUCCGCAAACGUAGAGGGGAAGGACUUACGUUCCAUGGGAGUCCCCCCCAAUGGGACAUUCGGUUAUGUUUGGAGGCUGACAGCUGAUGAUGGGCCUCUGGAGGGAGACCCCAAGUGUCUGACCCACCUGUACCAGAGCACCAUCUCUCCAGAGCGGGACCUGGCCUCGGGGCUGGUGGGGAUACUGCUCAUCUGCAAGUAUGAAGCCAUCGACACCAGAGGACGCCUGUUGAGUGCAGACAAGCGGUGGACCCUGGUCUUUGCUGUGUUUGAUGAGAACAGAAGUUGGUACAUCAACGAAAACAUCGAGAACUACAGCCAGGACCCCUCUAAGAUCGACCCCAACGAUCCUGACUUCUACAGCUCCAAUGUCAUUUACAGUGUGAACGGCAUCAUGUUCAGCGGGCGCCAGUUUGCGAUGUGUCAAAGUGAUGUCACUUUCUGGCAUGUGGCCAACGUGGGCACCCAGAGCGACUUCCUCUCCAUCUACUUCACAGGAAACCUCUUCCAACAGGACGACGUCUUCCAGUCUGUCCUCACACUGUUCCCCAUGACUGGCGAGACUGUUCCCAUGGAGACCGAGCUGACAGGUGAAUGGGAGAUCAGUGCCUUUGAUGGCAGCCUCAAGAGCCGGGGGAUGAGUGUCCGCUACACAGUUCGGCCCUGUGACAGCGGAGACCUGUUGGUUGAUAACGAAGAUGAGGAUGAUGAACUCGCUGACUAUAUUGACCAGAUAGAACAACCAAGGCCAAGGAGCUUAAGAGCCCAAAAUCGCACAGUGAUGGUCCGGUUAUGCAAGAAACCCCUCUCUCUCUACAACACAAACACUACAUUGUCAGUGAACACUUCUGACAAUGUCACACAGGAUGCUUCUGGGUCAACUGGAGCUGAAGGAGAAGAGUUAGUGUGCGAGGUAAGGAAUGUGACUGUGACAGCAUCAGAGGGGGACAAUGGCAACACAACGUCAGAAGAAGAAAUCCCACAGGAUAUCUUGGAGGAACUGGAAAGAGAUGGGGAAUGGACGGCAUCAGUGGCCCAGGAUGCAGUCGAACCUGGGGAACAAGGUGAGAGAAGACAGAAAAGAGAGGCAAUUGAAGACUGGAAGGAAGGACUUCUGGAUUCUGGAGUACUGCAAGACGGAGGAACUGGGAUAGAGGUUGUGGGAGAGGCUGUGGAAAACAGGACUGACACUGGUGUCAACAUGAAAUGUGAGCGAAGAGGCGAAAUGGCGUUUAAAAAGAAUGACACACAGGCAGAUCUUGAACAAAGCAAUGAAAUCGUACCAAACCACGAUCCACUGCUGAGCAGGAGGGACUCAACUUUAGAUCCAAGUGGUUCACAGGAACUGGGCCAAAAUCUCCUGCCAGAAAACAACAUUCAGCCUGAACUUGAAGUGCAGACCUUGGAAGCUCUACACCUGGAUUACUACAACUAUACUAAUGAGAACCACACUGAAACAUCUCUGUCUCUAGAUUAUGAUGACUACAAUCUAGAGGAUAACAACAGAACUUCAAAUAUGUUCGGUUUCGACUACGUGGACCCACGCUCCGCAGAUAACAGUUAUCACCACUACUACAUUGCCGCUGAGGAAAUCACGUGGAAUUAUGGCAUCAAACUACCAAACCAGUUCAUCAAACCCAGUGAGAUGCGUCGUGGGAUGAGGAAGUUCCUACCAGAGUAUAAGAAGGUGGUGUUUCGGGCCUACAAGGAUAAAGACUUCCUUCAUCCUGUGGCAAGAGGAGAACUCCAGGAACAUUUGGGAAUCAUGGGGCCUACCAUUAGAGCAGAGAUCAACAAUAUCCUCACAGUGACCUUUAAGAACAAGGCAUCCAGGCCGUACUCCUUUCACCUCCAGGGAGUGUAUGACCGCAGCCAGGGGGUCGGCUUUGCCCAGACCCACGCCUCCUCUGCGCCAGCUGGGGUCCCAGGGGAGGCCGUGCCCCCCGGGGAGGCCCGAGUUUUCAACUGGAGAAUAACCAGGACACAAGGUCCCUCCAGCAACGAAUUUGACUGCAAGGCUGGAGCCUACUAUUCCACCGUGGACAAGGAAAGGGACCUUCACUCAGGUCUGAUUGGGCCACUGAUCAUAUGUAAGCCUGGAACCCUCAAGACCCGCAUGAAACUGCAACCCGGCGUUCAGGAGUAUUCUCUGCUCUUCCACACCUUUGAUGAAACCAAAAGUUGGUACUGGGAGGAGAAUCUGCAGAAGUACUGCACCCCACCCUGCCAGGCCAACCUCGGAGACCCCUGGUUCCACGUCAGCAACAAGUUUUCAGCAAUAAAUGGCUAUGUGGCGGAGACACUUCCUGGUCUGUUGGUUGCCCAGCACCAGCCAGUCAGGUGGCAUCUUCUAAAUGUUGGGAGUGACGGGGAAUACCAUGCUGUGAACUUCCACGGCUUGUCUUUCAGCGUCCACACGAAACAGGAACACCGUAUGGGCGUCUACAACCUCUAUCCUGGAGUGUUUGGCACAAUAGAGAUGAGACCCCCCACAGUGGGCACUUGGUUGGUAGAGUGCACCAUCGGAGAAUACCAGCUGGCCGGCAUGAGGGCUAAACUUCUGGUCUAUAAUCCACGGUGUAUCUUGCCUCUGGGGAUGAAGUCGGGAAGGAUUGAGGAUUCUCAGAUUACUGCAUCAAAUCACAUAGGCAGUUGGGAGCCCAGGUUGGCCAGGCUGGAGCAGUCUGGUUAUAUCAACGCCUGGAUGGGCAAGAAUAGGAUGUCAUGGAUACAGGUGGAUCUCCAGAGGCCCACAUUGCUGCAUGGUGUCCAGACCCAGGGAGUCAGGGCUUACCUGAGGGACAACUACAUCACCCACUUCACCAUCUCCUACAGCCUGGACGAGGAGACGUGGACCACGUACCGAGGCAACAGCACCAGGCCGGCCUACAUUUUUUACGGCAACAUGGAUGGCUCCAGGGUGAAAGACAACCACCUCUCUCCACCAAUCGUGGCUCGCUACGUCAGGAUUCAGCCGCUGAACUCUGUGAGAAACCCGGCUCUGAGGAUGGAGCUGCUCGGCUGCGACGUCAACAGCUGCUCUCUCCCUCUCGGACUUCAGUGGAGGCAGAUUCCUGACAGCAGCUUUAGCGCCUCCUCAGUUCAUUCAUCUUUCCUGCGUGUCUGGAGCCCUACCCUCGCUCGCCUCCACCAGGAUGGCAGCGUCAACGCCUGGAGGCCAGAGAACAACAACCCCCACGAGUGGCUGCAGGUUGACUUGCUGAGAGUGCGGCGCAUCACAGGGGUGGUGACCCAGGGAGCGCGCUCACUGCUGACCCAGAUGAUGGUGACAGAGUUCUCGGUGACUGUCAGUCCGGACGGACAGUCCUGGAGCAGCGCGUUGGAGGAGGAGUCGCAGAGAGAAAAGAUUUUCAUAGGAAACAACGACCCAGACGAGGAAGCCGUGACCCUGUUUGACCCUCCUCUGUUUGGCCAAUUCCUCCGUAUCCACCCGCGGGGCUGGGUCAACGACAUCGCCUUGCGUCUGGAGGUGCUGGGCUGCGACACGCAGCCGCGCUUCUGAGACCACCGGGUCCCGUGGUGCAGCUCCGCACCAAGGCCCGACACCCCAUGAAAUCCACCCUGAGGGGAAUAUUUGAUACCAGUAGUUGUGAUAAACCCACCGGCAGCAUGUCAUCAUUAUAGGCGGCUCCGUGUUCACUGUGUUGUGUGUUUUCCUUAACUAGCUGCAGCUUAAAGAAGCGGUGCAAAAUUAAAAUUGUUCAACAGAGACAGUUGUAAAGUUAUAUGUUAACUAUUGGAGUUAGGGUUAGGGUUAGGGUUGUAUUUGCUUCAGUACAGCACUCUACUGAGUAACUCUCCACAGCACGCCUAUUGAAUGUAACCACAUGUAAAUAUGUCAGUCUGGAUGGAUGUAUACAGUUUGAACGAUAUUGUGUAUCACUGGGAAAGUUUGUAUUUCUGUAUAUUGCUGGUUUAUUAUAGUUUAAAUAAAGAAUGAAUUUUGAA